GCUCCUAGGGUGACCCCUCCAUAUCUCUGCUCGGGUAGCCCCCCUGCAGCUAUCAGGCGUGGUGAACCCCACUCCUCUGGGCGCGUUCUUGGGGAUACUGCACCUAACGUUGGUCGCAUUUUACUGUACGGGCGAACCCCGUUUGAUUUGGCCUGUGUCUGGAUUGCCCCUACUCACUCCUUGUUGUUUGUGUUCCCAUUAGACACACUUGGAGUAUAAUGGCCGAAGACUUACAAACCCAGAUUCCAGCGGCCGUUCAGGCAUGGCUCCGAUCCGCUCUGGCUGCAUCGUUCCCUACCGCCCUGGAGGGGCUCCAGUCUGCGCGCCCAGCUCCUUCUGUCGCUUCCCCUGCCGAGGUUGAGGAGUCAGACGCAGGCGGUUCGUCUUCCCCCGCGGGCACGGCGGCUUCACAGAAACGUGCCUGGAGCGAUUUGCCUUCUACAUCGGCAAAAGGAAAGGCUCCGUUAAAGAAGGUCCGCAGUUCAGUCCUUCCCAUGGUGCCUCCAACUGAGGACCUCACGGAUUACGAGGUGUUGGAUGAAUACUGCGCUGGUUCUUCGGGUUUCGCCUCCCCUGCCCGGGAGCAAGAUUUCGUUCCCGAUCCUCCCAAGCUCCCACUCAAUCCAUCCAGCGCUCCCGACCAACCGUUUGAAGUUGUGGAUGACCUCGGCACUCCAUUGUUUGACCCCAGGGCCCUUCGUCACCCUCGCUCUUCGGAGUGGACUCCUUCGGCUCAUAUUGCCGAGUUUUUACGGUUUUGGAUCCGUCGCCCCCUGGACAAGGACGUACGUCAAAGGCUCCGCUCAGAGUGCCCUCGACCUACCGUCAAGGAUAAGGUCCUCAAUACUCCCGAGUUCGACCAGACUUUUGUAACUUUCCUGACAAAGAACGGUAAAGACCCUCGUAAGGACAUUGAGCUGGGGCUGCGCUCCACGCAAGACAAGCUGUUGGACGUUGCGGGUCCUUUGACACAGGUCUUCCAGAUGGCAGACGAGGCCAUUACUGACGGCUCGCCUUUGGAUCCCCAGUUGGUGCGCGAUUGGACUCAGCGUGCCUUAUGUCAUCUGGGAAACGCCAAUUGCGCUAUCUCCACCGAGCGACGCAAGGCGGCGUUAUUCAAGCUAGAUGCCAAGUUGGCCGAGUUGGCCCCUAAAGAGCUGGGCGCGGAAGCCAAGGGUCUCCUGUUUGGAGAAAAAUUUAUCAAAGACCUGAGCCAGCAUGUGAACUUGUUCACCUCCCUCAACAAGGCCCAGGCUAACAUGAGGCGUGUUUUCCAGUCAGGAAGUCGUUUUUCCUCCAGAGCUGGCCGGCAGCGGGGUCGUGCCGCCAGCAGAACGGCCUCUUUUGGCUCCAGACCCCGGUUCCCGGAUGCUUCCACCACCUACCGCUCUCAUUACCGGCUUCCAUUCACCAGAGGUGGCUCCAGGGGCAGAGGACUCUCGUCCACCAGGGGCAGAUCGGCUUCAGGUCGUCCUCCGGUUGUCUGAGGUUUUGACGCUGCGGUUGUCCUUCUCAGCGUGGUUUUGAGUUCCUGUGUUUCUUCUGGAUUGUUCCGGGCUGUCGGUUCAGCUUCUGCGCAAAGAAAGAGGAGGAGCGCCAAGAUGUGCAGACUUUUAUAGACUUGUUACUGUGUUCCUAUUGGUUGUUGUUAUUGUUUCUGUUAACUGUUUUGCUGCUGGAGGUUAACAGUAAAGAAGGUUUAAUGCAAAAUACUCGCCUCCUGUCUUUAAUAAAAUUUAGAUUAAUACUG